AGAUUCAUUAGUUUUCACUGUUCUGACAUGUUUUUAGAACUGGUCGUUAUAGUUUACCUCAUAAACAGUGUAUAUAUGGAGAAAAAUACGAGAACUUCUCUCUUUCUUGCAGGACCCUUCCUGCAGACAUGAACAGCAGGGGGCUGCUCCAGUCAGCUACACGGGGGUCAAUGGAGGAAGUGCAGGUACUGCUUGGGGCUGGUGCUGAUGUGGGGUACAGAGGAUGGACCAUGUGGACCGCUCUACAUUAUGCAGCGAAGCAGGGACAUACUGAUAUUGUGAGGUGUCUGAUCGGGAAUGGGGCAGAAGUGGAUGCCAGGACCGAUGUGAGGCAGACGCCUCUACAUUUGGCUGCAUGGAAAGGCCAUACGGCAGUGGUGCGGCUGCUGGCGGCGUCCUCGGCCGACGUCGAUGCCAAGGAUCAGUGGGGUAGGACGCCUCUGCACUGGGCGGCACCCUACGGCAACGCAGAGGCGGCGAAGGCGCUGCUGGAGGCAGGGGCCGAUAGGGACGCCAAGGAGGACGCAGGGAACACUGCGCUGGACUUAGCAAGAGUGAACAAGCGACAAUGGAUGGUAGAAAUCCUAUCUAGCAUUCCAACAAACGACUGUGAUGUGAACUAAAUAAAGCUUUGAUACAUGA